CUAAUCGAGGCUAGGGUAAAUACCCGCGAAUUCUACAACAAAGCAAAUCGUUUACAUGCUUCUCUCCUGGAGACGGCUGAAAAAUGCAAUCGUGCAUUCGACGAGUACAAAUCGCAUCCGGAACACGCCGAAGACGCAGACAAGUUCGACGAAGCGUUCAACAAGCAGGCGGAGUACGAAGACUCAACAGAGGAAGCGAAGGAAGCCCUGACAGAAACGCUCGAGUCGCUGGCAGAGUCGCUGCAAAUAUUGAGCACUCAACAGGCCACGUCUCAAUACGGUUCGGCGCAGGAGCAAGAUGAGGUUCUGGCCAAUAACCUACAAAGCAUUCAUUUACAGUCGGGCAGUACCCCGUUGCCAGGAGCAGAACAGUUGGGCGAGUCAGCGCAGGGAGAGACGGCAGGAUUUCAACAGGAAUCGGAUGCCCAGGAGUCGGCGGAGCACGCAGUGUGCGCAAAGACAUGCUGCGGAGCCAACGACCUGAUGAACAAGGUGCCGAAGUUCAACGGGGAGGCGACCAAGUUCAGCGAGUGGUGGCACGUUUUCCAUCGCUACGUCGACGCGCAGGACGUCGACGCCAUGGAGAAAUGCAGGAUCUUUAAACAAUCGCUGACAGGCAAGGCCGCCAAGCACGUAUGCUAUAUAGACAUCAGCGCAGAGUGCUACCAGUUGAUGAGAGAUAUGAUCCAGAAACGUUUCGGUAACAAAGCCAUGGCGCAAGAUGCGCACAUGCAUAGAAUUAUUAACCUCUGUAAAGCCAGGGAUUUGAUGCGGGACGACAGAUUCAUUGAAUUCGUCAUGUCCGUUUCGCAGAGCGUGCACGCCCUAGUGGCUAGCGGUAAGAGCUUUGCGUCGCUCUCUCUUGUAUUGGCUCCGGUAAUUGUGACAUGUCUGCCCGAGAGGUUCCGUAUCAGGUUCAACACUUUGUGGCGAGCCAAGGAGCCUGACGGAGAGGACAAACUGGAGGUUCUGAUCUCCUUCCUCGAGGAUCAGGCAUCAGUCAUGGAAGAAAGCUUGCAGCAGAAAAGAAUGGCGGAACCCGGUAGGACCGGUCCCGCGAAGCAUAAUCAGGGAAAACAUCCCAGAAAUUUCAGGAAGGAUGCCAGCGGCCCGCAGCAGCAUCAAUAUGCGCAGAAGAGUCAAUUUUCAUUCGCGGCCCAGGUGUCAGCGCCGGCCUGCAUUUUCUGUGGAAAAGGGCAUCCUCCCACUAGGUGCGUCGAAUCGAUGUCGCCGGUAGACAGACGUAAGGUACUGGCAGAGCACAACUCAUGCCUCAGGUGUUUCCGUAAGAAUCUUGUGAAUAGGAAAUGUCUAGCUAAGCAGAGCAAUUGUGCGAAGUGCGGAGCCCGUCACCACGUCCUGGUAUGUACUAAGCAACGAUCCGAGGCUUCUUCGAACCUGGGAUCCAGCGACGUUAUAAAUCUGUGCCAGCCCACAUCGCAGUUAGAGGGCUCGGAAACUCUGUUACAGACGGCCCAUGUGUGGGUGAUUAACGGGAAGAAUCGGCGCAUGUGUAGAGCCAUCCUGGACCCCGGAUCGCAGAGAUCGUUCGUCUCGGAAAAAGUUGUUUCAGCGCUCGGCAUCGAGCCCACAUCAAAAGAAACGGUUCAGAUCCACGGCGUGGCAGGAAGGAAGUCGGACGAUCAAGAUCUAUGCACUUCGAAACUGGUAGUUAAAAGCCGUUUCUCGAGGCAUCAAAUUAACAUUGGUUGCCUCACAGUUCCCAGGGUGGUACGCGGUCUUCUUCCCAGGGCGGCGAGUCCCAGGAAUUUAGCACCCAUGGCGGAUAGCCCUCAGAUUGGCUUCCCGGAAGAGAUAGAGCUGCUCAUCGGGGCGGAUGCCCUGCAUCUGGUUUACAACGGCAUGUACCGCAAAGUAGGGGAGUACACGGCAUCUCCAACCAUUUUCGGCUGGGUCCUGUGGGGUGGAGAUGGCGGUAGGAAAAUUGUUAACUCAGUUGUCACGUCGUUGGGAGAGAUCCAGCACGCGGAGUACGGCAACGAACUAGCGACGGUGCCGGUAACGAAGCCGAAGACUCAGUUUGAAAAUUUGAAUUUUCUGUGGGACACCGAGUUCCUAGGUAUCGAGAGUUCGAGCCAGGACGAGGAUAAGAGCUCCUUGGAGCAGAUGGAGAAAUUUUUCAAAAGCUCCAUCAGAAUGACUCCGGAAGGCAGGUUCGUAGUCUCGUUGCCGUUCAGGGAAAAUUUAGAGACGCUAGGAGAUAACAGAAACUUGGCUUACUCCAGGCUUCAGGGACUGCUCAAGUCUCUGAGAAAAAAUCCAAAGCAGUUGAAAGCAGUGGAUCAGGAGGUCGCCAGGCUGAUUUCGUCACGGUUCGUCGAACCGGCGAAACCCCGGUUACCGGGACAGAAGGCGUACUACCUGCCAUUGGUGGCGGUAGCCAAGAAGUCUCUAGCUUCGGAUGAGGUGAAGGUUCGCGUGGUCAAGGACGGCGCCGCUCGUUCGCGAGACGAAGCAUCAUUGAACGAUGUGUUGGAGAAGGGACCGAACUAUCUACCCGAUCUGGUAGCGGUGCUGCUCCAAUUCCGCAGAAAGCCUAUUGCAAUCGUAGCGGACAUAAAGGCAGCGUUCAAUCAGUUUCUAAUUAACGAAAAUCAUCGCACCUUUCUAAGGUUCUUCUGGCCCGCAGGCGUGGCGACGAAUCCGGACGCUCCGAUCAGAGAAUUUUGGGCUACGGUCCUAGACUUUGGUUCUGUGUGUAGCCCGUGGCUACAUUGCGCAGGAGUGCGCCACCACCUGGAUCUCCAGAUAGAGAAGCGGCCAGCGCAGGCCCAGUUGCUCCGGGAGGUAAAAUCUACCUUCUAUGUGGACGACAUAGCAACCGGAGGAAGCGAUGUUAAAGACGCUAAGCAGGUGGUAUCCACGCUGAUAGAUGUAUUCCGCGAGGGGCAUUUCCCGCUCGGUAAGUGGAAAACGAACAAUUGUCAAUUGGCGGAAUAUAUCAAGGAGGUUUCGAGGGAAGAGAAUCCCGAGGUGUCAAGCCAGGACGUCGGCGCCAAAUUUUUGGGCGUAUCCUGGAAUCAGCAGAAUGACACGCUGUUCACCGACACAAAAGAAAUUCCGAAAUGGAUGCUGGCGAGAACCCCCUCCAAGAGGAAUCUGCUAAAGGGGCUCAGCCAGAUCUACGAUCCACUGGGGUUGUUGGCGUGUUUAGCCAUCAACUUCAAAGUGCUCACUCAGGUACUGUGGACAAAAAAAUUGGAUUGGGACACACCCUUGGACGGGGAGUUGUCUGUUUACCGCGCGUCGGUACAUAAUCUGGAGUACGCGCAUCUCAUUAGGAUUUCUAGGCCAAUGUUCGCGUUCGGGAGCGGCACGGCGGCAAGGGAGCUACACGUGUUCGCUGACGCCUCGCUGAAGUCCUACGGUGCGGUCGUGUAUAUGCGCGAGAUUCCGACGGGAAAGGUCGGCGGCGCGGCUCCGGUAAGCUUUAUCAUGGCUAAAUCCAGGGUCUGCCCUCUUAAGGGAAAAUGGACGAUCCACCGGCUGGAGCUCAUGGCGGCGGUCGUAGCAGCACGUCUGGCAAAGCGUGUGUCAGAAGCGGUCGCGGAAGCAAUUGAUCGCAUAUUCUUGUAUUCCGACAAAUCAGCCGUGCUGGGAUGGCUGCGACAAUCCUCGGAUAGGUGGAAGCCCUUUGUGGCUAACAGGAUCCGUGAGAUUCAGGCGAUAUCGAGGGUAGAGGAUUGGAGCUACGUAGGAUCAGAAGACAAUCCGGCAGACCUGCUCAGCAGGGGAUCACCACUCAACACGGCGGAUCUACGACAAUUCUGGUUACAGGGGCCGGAGUGGUUGGCUCAGCAAAGAGCCCCGGAAUCCCACGGUCUGAAUCCAGAAGAUGGGGCACAGGCGAUGCUGCAGGAGAAAAAGGCCGAAAUACUAUCGGCAGCUGCGGUGGUGGAAACCCCAUUGGAGCAAGUUUUUCAUCGGCGCCUCUCGUCGUGGGGUAAAGCGGUCAGGGUGAUCGCCUACAUCCGGCGGUGGGGAGCGCGCUGCAAUAAAUCGGUGUCUUUCCCCAGUCGCGAAGUGGCGCCGGAGGAAUACGUGGAAGCUGAGACGGUCGUUCUCAAAUUGAUACAACGGUCAAGUUUUGGGGCGGAAAUGGCUGACAUUUCCCACAUUCCCAAGUCGAGCCUGAUCGCCAAGGCGAAUCCGUUCAUCAGCAGAAACCCAGCGGUUACGCGCAUAAUUUCGGACAACGCGAGGACGUUCACCCGGGCGGAAAAAGAGCUAGAAGCAAUUUUCGACAACGCCAACCAUCCCAGAACCCAGGCUUUUCUGGCCAGAAAACGGAUUGUGUGGUCGCACAUCACAGAGAAGAGUCCGUGGCACGGAGCCUUUUGGGAGAGAUUGGUUCAGGUGGUCCUCAGAGAGACGAGCAGCACACAAGAAGACACGGACACGUUGGUGGAAACUCCCAGUACGGGGGACCACUAA